AUGUCUGCUGAAGAAGUGAAACCCGUGACGCCGGCAUCUACAGCCUCCGGUGAGAAGCAGAUUAACUCGUUGGUUCUCGAUGCGGGACCUCUUAUCACCCAAUCCUUCCAGACUCUCCACAACAUGGCCGACCAUUUCUACACCACUCCCUCAGUUAUCACCGAGCUGAAGGACGACAAUUCUCGAGCCAACCUGCUGCUAUGGGGCGAUCGACUGGUCAUUCGACAGCCCAAGGCCGGUUCCGUCAAGGCUGUUUCCGAUGUCGCCAGAUCGACCGGUGACUACGGAGUUUUGUCUUCCACCGAUAUUGCUCUGAUUGCUCUGGGAUACGAGAUUGACGUUGAGCUCCACGGUGGGGUUGAACAUCUCAAGGCUGUGAAGCAGCAGCCCCAGGAGGUUACACAAGCUGAGGAUACCGAGCCUGUCGAGUCUGAGGAGGAUAAGGAACAGGAGCAGGAACAGGAGCAGGAGCCCGAGCAGGAGCCCGAGCAGGAGGAGCCUGGGAAGGAAGAGGAAGAUGAUGGAUGGGAGACUGUGACGAAAAAGUCUAGAGCUCCCCGAAAACAGGGCAAGAAAGUUGGAGGUAGCACUUUCUGGGGUAACGCCGGUCUCACCCAGCCUGCCAAGGAGGACAAGCCCGCUAUUCCCUUUGAGUACGACAGUGAGGACGACAGUGAUGGAGGAGAGUGGAUCACUCCCGAGAACUUGCAGGAGUCGCUUAUCAAGGAUGCCGGACAGGUUGUUGACGACGAUGUCGAACCUGAACAUAUUCUGGCUGCCACCUCUACGGGUGAUUUUGCCAUGCAGAACGUCAUUCUCAAGAUGGGCAUGGUUCUUGUGAACGCUACCAAUGGCCGACAGAUUCAGCGAAUCCGAAACUCCAUGCUGCGAUGCCAUGGAUGUUUCCAUCUUCUGCCCUAUCCCAAGGACGGUAGCGUCAAGCACUUUUGCCCCAAGUGUGGAGGAAACACGCUGAUGCGAUGUUCCGUCACGGUUGGAAACGACGGCAAGAUCCAGGUGCAUCUCAAGAAGAAGAUGAACUGGUCGACCCGAGGCAACAAGUACACUCUGCCCAAGCCCCAGUCAAAGAACAGUCGACACCAGCGACAGCCCGAGUUCAACGAUGUGUUGCUGAGAGAGGACCAGAAGGAGUACGCCAAGGCCAUCAAGAGCGACGAAUGGAAGCGUCGACAGAACGAGAAGAUUCUCGAUCAUUGGAUCGGAGGAGGCUCUGCCGAGAAUGUCAUGUCUCCCUUUGCUGCCACUGGUUCUGCUCGAGAAGCUACCAGACAUACUGGUGUCAAGGUUGGUCGAGGACGAUACGUUAACAGUAAUAAGAAGAACCGAAAGUAG